UUAUACAAACAUUUAAAUAUGUGAGUAACAUUAAAAAUAUAUAAUAAUUAUAUAUAACAAAUAUCUAUAUAUAUAUAUGUGAAAAUAUAUACCCGCACGGUUGUGCGGGUGGAAAUCUAGUUUCAAUUAUAAAAGAAAUUGUUGGCGAAAGGACCAAUCACCAAAGAAAUCUCCUGUCAGAUUACAUCCACAAAAAAAUACAAUUACUACAGCUUCGCUGUUGUAAUAUUCCAACUUUAUACUAUUAAGUUAGUUAAUUGAGGAUUAGAGACAAAGAUAUAGUAUUAAAUUCGAAGGGAAACACACAAUUAUUUAAAUAAGCAGAUGAACAUAUUCCCAACUUGAGUUUUAGUGGUGUUUGGUGACGUACAAACUUCUCUUCUUCUUUUUUUUUUUUUUUUUUUUUUGUCAUCAAACUUCUCUUCUUCUAGAUAAGGAACUAUGCACUACAAAUUUUCUAAAGUACUAAUGCACUAUAAAUUUAAUAAAGACGGAUUAAAGAGUAAGUCCAAAGUCGUAACCCUACAACAACACAUGAGCUACGCCUUUUGAAUUUAACUAAUAUUAUACAAAGGUUAAUUACUUGAUUUGAUCUUAGUGUCAUAAGAGUCUGAAAUUAAUAAUCCAUCUAAAAACUAUUUAAUAAAAAAAGAAACAAAUCCGUCAAGCAGAAUAGACCUCGAACAACUUACUAACCUACAAAUUCCAUAUUUCAGUUUGACGUAUACACAAUAGUGUAUCAUACUUUUCAUGCAAGCAAAUUAAUUUCUGAAAACUAGUUUUCUAGGAAAUUCAAACAAGAUCUAUCAAAAUGUAAAAAGCUCCCACGCCAACAUGUUAGAUUUGCAAUCGGAUGAUUAUAUUUAGCUUUCUUAAACUGCAGUUUUUCAUGGCCGGUUUAUCAGGAUUGAUAAAAAAAAUCCAAAUUCAUUUUUUUACCAUUUUAGAUUUUAAGUACUUGUUUUAGAUUCAAAUAUAUUUUUUCCUGGUCGUUUUAAUUUUUUCACGUUGCUGGCGGUAAACAAUAUUGAAGGAUAGUCACUAACUUAUUACUAUUAAUUAAGAUAAAACUAACGUGAGGAAUACAAUGAUGAUCACGAUCACAUUCGCUAUAGUGGAUAUUCGAUUAGGAUCAUAAGAUCACAUUACUUCGUUUGCAGUGCUCAUUCGCCUCGUCUGAAUUAAUAGAUUUGAUAGGGCACCAUGUUUUGCCUCUCCUGAUUUGAUUUUUAUUAUUAUUUAAACAAUCCUUUUUAGAUUCGCAAUUCAAAAAUAAUGUAUUUAUUUGGUAGGCCAUGGGACACCAUAUUUCUUCUCAGAAGGUAAACAAAUAUCAUCUUUAGUAGCCAUUGUUAUUACAACUUUAACUGCGGAAGCAACGAGUGCAUGUACUCUGUGUUAAAAAAACAUGUGAAUUUUAAACAUUACCAAACUACAUUAACAUAUGGUUUGUUACAUAGACACACUGAGGUUAUUGUUAGUCACAUAUAUAGAAAUUGGUAUUCGUAAACUAUCAAAGAUCCAAAAAUUUGCUAAAAUUGCUAAAGGGUAUUACUAUUAGUAAAACAGCUCUCCUGUAAUGUAAAUGCCAAAUCCCUUUUAUAUUAUUUGAGAAACAUUCUUAAAAAUAAACCUUUCACUCAUGUGUUAUUAUCAAAUUUGCCAUUACUUAGGUGUCAUCAUGAGAGCCUUCCUCAUAGACUUUAGUGAAUAACCCUUCUUUUACUAGAAUAUUUACUUAUAGUGCCAUUGGUCAUUAACUUGCAUAUUAUUAUAUACUAGAAUUGUUUCAAACGGAUUAUACAUAUGUCACUUAUAUUUCAUGCGAUAUUUAAGAUUGUUUCUAUUGCAUUAUCGUAAUAUGAUUUUCAUUCUUGCAUGGUAUCUCAUAUUCUCGAAAUGAGAUAUUACGAGAUGCAUAAUAACUAUUUGACGAAUAAUGUAAACUAUAAAAUAUUCACGUAUAUAAAAAAUAAAAAGUGGAGACCGUAUUGAAAUCAAAAGAGUGAUAAUCUAUAAUGUAAACUAUAAUUCUCAUGUAUAUAAAAGUGGUCGACAAUAUAGAAACUAGACUCCCAUGUUUGAUUAAUCUUAUUAAACUAUACGACCGUAUAGAAACUAAACUCUCAUUAUACAUAUAAAAAUGAUUGAAUGUAUAUAUGGCAUUACUUCCCUAUAUAUAUUCGUAUAAUAUUAAUCAAAGAAUUAUUAUAGGAAAGUUUUGACUAAUACGGAAAUUAGAACAAUUUCUGGUACAUCAUAUUAUGACUAAUUUCAUUUAAUUCUUUAGCUUCUCGACCAAGACUCUAAAAUCAAGGAAUCAUACAAUUAUUCAAUCUGAUUAUAUUCGAUAGAUCUUGGAAUUUACACAACGUUAAUAUUGUUUCCUCAAUGUUGAUUUCUUAAUUAUAUUACUUACAUAAUUUUAAAAAAAAAUUAGCUAAAAGUUGGGAUUCACACGAUUUUAUUUACGCCAGAUAAAAUCUUUGACUAUCUAGUUUUUCAUAAUCAAAACCCUAUAAGUGAUCCUAUAUAUAUCAAGGGACGGAAAUUCAUUGACAUUACAGCCUACCAUUUUUCUACGUAUCAAAAAGAAAGUAUCAUGGAUAUCAUCUCUGAUAUAAAGCCAAAGAAGUCUAUGUCUAAAAUCAAGGUGAAAGUUAUCACUAAGUAUGUCGUUUUGUGUUGUGAGGUUUUAAAUAUCAACCUAAAGAAGUCUGUGUGAAAAAAUUAUAUAAGUCUAAACUUACUCUUAUAGAUUUAUUUCCAUACAAUAUACAAAAAUUACACCAAUAAAUAAAUCUAUAUGGUUCAAAAGUCAUAAUCUCUUAUAGUUCAUCACUCCGCGCAGGGCGCGGCCUACCACCUAGUAGCUUAUUAUUUUUGCUACUAGUUUGCAUGCUACAUCAUUUUCAACAAUUGUUCUGUACUUGUAGUAAAAAGUAUUGUAUUUUCAACAAUCAUUCUGUACUUGUAGUAAAUCGAAAUAUCAUAUGUCAUAUUAGUAAAAUUUAAAUUGGAUGCUUACCCUCACAUUUUUUUUUCUUUUCUAAUGAAAUGAAGCAUGGACAUAUUGAGGUUUUUAAUAUACUUUCUACGCAAGUUACAAAGACUAUGGGUUGACAAAAUAUACAACAAAAGUGUUUUUGUAGAAUUAUAGAUGGUGGAUGGGAGUGCUUUCCUUGUCAUAUUCUUUGUCUCCCAACCAAUAAAGAAUUUCAUUAUGCAAAUUGAAGAACACAAAGUCACAAUCCAAGCUUUUUCUUGAUUGACAUUUUCUUUUCGAUAUUCUAUAUAUUUAUAUAUUUUAUGUUAUUUGGAAAUCGAUUUGAUGGGUAGAUUUUUUUUUAAAAAGAAAACAAAUGGAUACAUAGUUAUGCAUCCUCCUAGGAAUAUAAUCAUGCAAAUAUCAUGGAGAUAUUGAUUGGGCCUAAUAUUUUUGUUUAGGCCCAUUAGCCCAUAUCAAGAGACUCUUCUCCACUGUUAAAAGUUCCAACCGGUGGAGAUGGCGUCGAAGUUUCUCCGCCGUAGCAUUAGUUACCUCCUCUCAGCUCAAUUAUCUAUUUUUUUUUGACGUUACAUCUUUGUUUCGCUCACUUUGUAUAUUUUUAUAUAUCUCUUCCGUUCAUUUCUUUCAGCUCACUUGAAGAAAUUUUGAGAUAUUUGGCUGGCAAUGAUGAUUCUUAAUCCGAUAUUUAAGCAAGUUCAGAGGUUCUUUGUUAACGUUUUGGAAACUUUUUUACUUAAAAGGUGGGAAACUUGGGGCUUAAGUACUCUGUUUGUGGGGGAGAUGAAUCACGGCCAAGCCAACUGUCUUGAGAGGCAGAGCAUGAAGAUGAUGCUGCUCUUACAUAGUUCCUUGCUCUCUGAUGGAUAAUACUCCUACUGACUACUGUAAACUUCCUUUUUCACUGUUUAAAACACUUUACUGGUUGUUUGAUGCUGAAACGUCUGGACUUGUUAUGUUUUUUCAUAUUCUUGAUGAUCUAGUGGAGCACUACUUGGCUAAGAGUGGGUUUCAGUGCCCUGACGAAGGACUUGUAGGUAUUCAAAUUGUAACUAAAGAGCAGAUCAGGAGCUAUUGUCGUGUUGGGUUACUAGCAGUUCAAUCGAAUUGUCUUGGAUAGAGUCAUUUAGGUUUGCCACUUAUAGUUGAUUGAGGUUUAGUUGUGGAAUAUAAUAACUCUGCCAUGUUUGGACUGUAUGUGAACAUCAGAUUGUAUGUAAUGGAAGACCUUUCAAAAUAUUUUGCGUGAGUAUGGUGUGAACGUGAAGCAUCCAGCAUAUUUUUCUGAUAGCCCCUCGACUGGAAUGGAUCCUGUGCCAAGGGAGGAAUAGAAACCAGCAAGUCUUGACGACCUUUGCCUAGUAAGGAUGAUCAUGUGUUUCAGUUAAAAGCAAAACUCAAUUUCUCUUCCUAGUUGUCAAUUACAGUUAGAUCCUUUUGUUGUGUGUAUCUUGACUUGUGUCCCUCUGAUAAUAAGAUUUGUCAGUUCAUUAAGGGACGGUUCUUUUAAUGGCACCAGACCAGUGUUUGUUCUUAACCCAAAAAGAUACAGAGAAAGCAACAAAGUUAUACAGCUUUUUACUAUUCAUGCACGUUGGCUCUAUUUCCUUGGAUUAAGACAAAACUCUGAAACACUUACCUUUUUCUAUAAAGUAAAAAAGAGUUCUAUUCACACAUUGAAGUUUGAACCAAGAUAACAAAACAUGAUUUUUUUUCUUUAAUAAAGAGGAACAACAACAACGUUUCUUUUUUCUUUCUUUCUCAUGAAUUGUUUGAAUUCAAUGGCUAAUCCACCACUUGAGUCUCCGACCAAUCCACAUUUCUUCCAGCCACUUCUUCCCGGUUUCCACACUCACCUCACAAUACCAGUUGCCUUCUUUUCAAAGCACAUAGAAGGAAAAAACAAGCAGAAAACAGCUAAACUUAGAUCAGACGCUUCAGAUAAAACUUGGGAAGUGACAUUAGAUGGUCGGAGACUCACCAGAGGCUGGAAAGACUUUGCCACAGCACAUGACCUUCGAAUAGGCGACGUCAUUAUCUUCAAACACGAAGGAGAUAUGGUGUUUAACGUCACUCCUUUCGGUCCUAGCUGUUGUGAGAUUCAGUAUGAACAAUCUCACCUCAUCAAGGAAGAAGAGAUUGACAACAAUGAUGAUGACAAUGAGAAUCAUUGUAGAACAAAGUCCUCUUUCUCAUUUGAUUACUGUUUUGUAGAACAAGUCACUGCUUCAAAUCUAAGACUAGACACACUUGAUCUUCCUGUGGAAGCUGCGAGUUCGAACGCUCUCAACAAAAGAUGUCACGAGAUGAUAGUAGUGAACAAAGAGGGAAACUCGUGGACUGUGAGUUUAAAAUUUAGGGAAUCAAGCGGAAGUUAUUACAUCAGAGGAGGCUGGAGAAGAUUCUGCCGUGAUAACAGACGAAAAAUAGGAGAUUUAAUGGUGUUUAAUCUGGUGGGAGACGGCAAGACUUCUCCCAUGAUCUGUAUAUGUCCUGAAGAAGAGUGUUCAGAACUAGUGAGGAAGACAAAGAGGCUUAUAUUGAGCGUUUUUGAGCUCCAGACCAAGACUUUAGAUAAGCCCUCUCAAGCUAACAUGGAGGCUGAGUCUGUUACUCAAGUGAGAUGGUCCUUUCUUUCGACGCUGGAGGAAAAUGUCCUUAGUCAAAAAAGCAAAGAUCCACUAGCUAGGGGUUGGUGAUGGAAACAACACAACGUUUCAUCGAGCUGCAAAAGUCCGAGAAGUUAGAAAUUUUAUUAGAGAGAUUAAACGGGGAGACGGCUCUAUUGCAGACACUCAGGAGGAUAUCAAAAUCGAAGCUGUGGAUUACUUCUGUAGUUUCAUGACCCAUAUACCUGAGGACUACUGUGGUGUAAACACGGAGUCCCUAAAAGAUCUACUGAAGUUUGAUUGCUCAGAGCAGGAUUUGAAUAUGCUAGUUGGAGAGGUUUCAGCAGAGAUGAUUCGGAAGGUUCUCUUUAGUAUGGCAGCAGACAAAUCUCCGGGACCUGAUGGCUAUAAUGCUGAGUUCUCCGUGCUACAUGGAAAAUCACAGGAGGAGACCUAGUGUAAGCAGUGCAAUCCUUUUUCGAUAAGAGUUUUCUCCCGAAAGGGAUCAACUCUACUAUCUUGGCUCUUAUACCCAAGAAAGAUAAAGCGGUAUACAUGAAAGACUAUAGACCCAUCUCGUGUUGUAAUGUUAUCUAUAAGGUGAUUUCCAAGAUACUGGCCAACCGUCUGAAGAUGUUACUACCUUCUUUCAUCUCCUUGAAUCAAUUUGCAUUCGUUAAAGACAUGCUCCUCAUGAAAAAUGUCCUUUUGGCUUCAGAACUCGUCAAGAACUAUCACAAAGACUCUGUUACAGCCAGAUGUGCAGUUAAAAUAGACAUUUCCAAGGCUUUCGAUUCAGUCCAGUGGCCGUUCCUGGUUUCUGUUCUCGAAGCAAUGGACCUGCCAGCGAAAUUUAUCAUGUGGAUUAGGAAAUGCAUCGAGCUUGCUUCUUUUUCCAUUCAGAUCAAUGGUGAAUUAGCCGGAUAUUUUAACUGCAAAAGUGGACUGAGACAGGGUUGUUCUCUAUCACCCUACUUGUUUGUAAUUUGCAUGCAAGUGUUAUCCAAACUUCUGGACAAAGCUGCUAUGGAGAGGCGUAUAGGGUUCCACCCCUAUUGCAAGGACCUCAGCCUUUCAUCUUUGUUUUGCUGAUGAUGUUCUAGUUUUUUCAGACGGGGAGAAGAAAUCCAUUGAAGGCAUUAUGGAGGUGUUUAAGGAGUUUGCAAAGAUAUCAGCGAUGAGUAUUAGUUUGGAAAAGCCGACUCUGUAUCUAGCAGGAGUAACAGAGGAAGAUAGUACUGUUGAUAUUCUUAAGAAGUUCCCCUUUGAAGCCGACUCUCUUCCGUUGAGAUUCUUGGGCUUCCUUUGCUCUCUAAGAAAAUGUCUGCUGCCGACUAUGCUCCCUUGCUUGCGAGAAUCAGAGCUAAGAUAAACACUUGGACAUCGCGCCAUGGUCGGCUACAGCUGAUAGGUUCAGUUCUCUAUAGUCUAAUAAACUUCUGGACAUCUGCUUUUCGUCUCCCGAAGAAAUGUAUUCAAAAAAUAAACAGUCUAUGCUCGACUCUCCUAUGGUCUGAUCCGGUGAUGUCUACGCAGAAAGCAAAAAUUGCUUGGUCGGAUGUAUGUUCUCCAAAAGAAGAAGGUGGGUUAUGAUUGAGAUCUCUUGAGGAAGUUAACAGAGUCUCUUGUCUGAAGUUGAUUUGGCGUAUUUUUCAUCUAGAGCAUCGUUGUGGGUUCAAUGGAUUCAAAAACACCUCAUCAGGAUAAGUUCUUUUUGGAGUAUAAAGGCAUCAACUUCCUUGGGCUCUUGAAUGUGGAAGAAGUUGUGAAAGCUUCGGCCUCUUGCAAUGCAGCUCUCUCGAGUGGACGUCAACGAUGGCUCAAUAAUUGGUCUCAGCCGGAGGUGUUGAUCAAUUUAACAGGGGAUAUGGGUUGUAUUGCUUUAGGAAUUCCGAUACAUGUUACGGUGGAGAGAGUGGUGCAAACCUAUCGAAGGCGUUGGCAUAGAACCUUUGUCUUGCUGUUAAUUGAGCAAGAUGAGGCUUCAAGCUCUCGGGCUUAAUCAACAGAAGGACUCUGUCUUUUGGAAGCGGGAGAAUGAUGAUUUCAGGGAAGGGUUCAGUUCAUCUCAAAUUUGGAACUUGAACAUGACGCAAGCUCCCAAAGUCUGUUGGUUCAAGGCAAUCUGGUUCAAAGAAGCUACUUUUAAGUUCUCCUUCUUCGCAUGGUUAGCUGCUUACAACAGAUUAUCCACAUGGGAUAGGAUCCUCAGGUGGAAUCCUCAAGCAGUUUUCACUUACUGGUUGUGCAACUCUGUUUCUGAAACAACUGACCACUUAUUUUUUGAGUGUUCUUUUGCGGGUGAAGUGUGGCGAGGAACGAUACGGAAUCUGGCAGGCAUAGAAAUAUCAAAUCGUUGGAAUCAGCUGAUGCAAAGACUGAGGUUGGGUCUACAAGACAGAACCUCCAUGUUUCUCUUUCGCUAUUGCUUCCAAAAUACAGUCUAUGCUAGUUGGCGUCAGAGAAAUACUCGUCGUGUGGGAGAAGCUCCUCAAUACUCGUCGUGUGGGAGAAGCUCCUCAAUCCUCGGCUCGACUCAUCAUCCUUUUGAAUAAGUUUAUUCGAAAUAAGAUUUCAUCGUUGAGAAAGAUAACUGGAAACAAAUAUGAAAAGACCAUGAAGAUAUGGUUUGGAAGUAGAUGAUUUAUUUAUUAAAAAAAUUGAAUAAUUUUUUUUUUAUACAAAAAAAGCAUUAGGUUGUAAAAAUGUUUUCUGAAGUUAAUAAAUUUAAAAUUCUU